AUGAGAGAGUUGUAUCCACGACUUGAUCUGAAUUCCAAUGAAGAUGUUCGAGUAAUUGGGAUUUGGGGAAGAGGAAGCAUUGGUAGAUCAGCACUGGCUAGCCACGUUUACCAAAACAUCAAACAUCACUUCGAAGCUCAUUGUUUUCUCGAGGACGUGAGACGGAUUUCGCAACAUUGCCGUAAAUCCCAUUUACAGGAUGAGCUUCUUUCGAAGAUGCAAGGAGAAGGUUUGACAACAAAGAGCUUUCGUAUGUGUCUUAAGACGAUCAAAGCAAGGCUAAGGAACAAGAAGGUUCUUCUUGUGGCGAACGACGUAGACAAGAUCGAACAGUUUGAUGCACUUGCUGAAGAAUUUAACUGGUUUGGUCCAGGGAGCAGAAUCAUCAUAACAACACAAGAUAGGCAAUUGCUUAAAUCAUCAGUAGUGAGAAGUGUGUACGAAGUGGAACUCUUGAGAUGCUACGAACUUCUCCAAGCAAUCAAAGGGUCGAGGAUCGCGGUCGUGGUGGUCUCUGUGAACUACCCUGCUUCGCCUUGGUGUCUUGAAGAGCUAAGGGAGAUUUUGAAACUCCAGAAACUGGGUUUGCUCACUGUGAUACCCAUUUUCUAUGAGAUCGAUCCUUCAGCUGUGAGGAGACAGAUCGGAGUUGUCUUGAAACAGUUCAAGAAGCAUGAGAAGAGAGAAAGCAAAGAAAAAGUCAAAUCGUGGAGGGAAGCGUUGACCAAAUUGGCUAGUCUCUCCGGCGAGUGUUCAAAGGAUUGGGAAGAUGACUCGAAGCUGGUCGAAGAAAUUACUGAGCAAAUAUCAAACAAGUUGUUCUCAGAAACACCAAGCAAUGAUAAUGUCUUAGUUGGGAUCGACCAACACAUGAGAGAGUUGUAUCCACGACUUGAUCUGAAUUCCAAUGAAGAUGUUCGAGUAAUUGGGAUUUGGGGAAGAGGAAGCAUUGGUAGAUCAGCACUGGCUAGCCACGUUUACCAAAACAUCAAACAUCACUUCGAAGCUCAUUGUUUUCUCGAGGACGUGAGACGGAUUUCGCAACAUUGCCGGAAAUCCCAUUUACAGGAUGAGCUUCUUUCGAAGAUGCAAGGAGAAGGUUUGACAACAAAGAGCUUUCGUAUGUGUCUUAAGACGAUCAAAGCAAGGCUAAGGAACAAGAAGGUUCUUCUUGUGGCGAACGACGUAGACAAGAUCGAACAGUUUGAUGCACUUGCUGAAGAAUUUAACUGGUUUGGUCCAGGGAGCAGAAUCAUCAUAACAACACAAGAUAGGCAAUUGCUUAAAUCAUCAGUAGUGAGAAGUGUGUACGAAGUGGAACUCUUGAGAUGCUACGAAGUUCGUCAGCUCUUUAGGUCAGAUGCCUUCAAACAAAGAGACGAUCCUGUUGGUUUCGACCACUCUACAUAUGGAGCCAUGUAUAUUUCAGGUUAUUUUUUUAUCACCUUGAAAAAUAUAUUCACUCUGUUGUGUGACAAAGGCCAACUUAGACAAAGGAUCAAUGCAAUAGUAUAUAGUCUUUAGUUAGACUCAUUUGAUUUUAAAAGGCAAAUUCUUUUAGAUACAAAGUUUAGAUUUAGGUCAAAUAAGUUGUUGUUUUUCUUGGUUAUACUAAUAUUGUUUAGAACCAGGAAUAUUAAAUUGAUUUGUUUGUU